AUGAUACAACAGUUGUUGCAGGGUAUGCAAAUUCAGGGCAAGGCAUUGAAUCAGGUUUCUACAGACAUCAACACCAGGAUGGACAACAUGUUCACCGAGCUGAAUACAAAGUAUGAUACUGUGAGCAACCACAUAAAGAGGAUUGAUGUUCAGCUUGCGCAGACAGCUGAGAGUGUUAAGAGGCAGCAAGGUAUGCUUCCUGGAAAGAGUGUGAUGAAUCCUAGGGUUGAGCACUGUAAUGCAACAGAGCUGAGAUGUGAGAAAGCUGAGGGAAAAGAACCAGAGCAACUGUCUGCUGAGACUGCUCCAAGCGCAGAAGAGAGAACAAAGCAGCAUGCUAGCUCUGAAGUGACUGCUCCCGACGAACCUAUUGAGAUUCCACCAGUGCGAGUCUAUGUUCCUAAGGUUCCAUAUCCAAUUCCACCUAGAUAUUUGAUGGAUCCUAUUAGUGCAGAGCAGCUGGCUGGGUUUAGGAAGAUGGUUGAUGACCCUAGAAAGUUUAUUUUUCCUUGUUCCACUGCUAGAGUGGAAUUCAAGGAAGCUCUUUGUGAAUCUAGGUCUAGUGUGAACCUUGUCUCAAAAGCGAUUGUAGACGAACUGGGCAUUGUUGAUGUUGAGCCUUCUCUGGUGACUCUGUCUUUUGCAAACUCUUCCAUGGGAGUCCCUUAUGGCACAAUUUGCAACCUUCUUGUCCAAGUUGGAGAUUGUAUUCUCCAUACUGAAUUUCAGGUUGUUGAGAUGAGCAAGGAUCAUGAGAUGCCUUUGAUCUUUGGAAUGUCAUUUAUGACUAUAGUUGGAGCAAUCAUCGACCUGCCUAAUAAGAGAGUUUCCUUCUCCAACAUCAACAAGAAAGUUUUCUACAAGGCUGUCCCCACCAGAUUUUCCACACUUACACGCCUCUUGCAUUUCAGUGGUCAGUGGAGAAAGGCUGAAAAUUGUUCCUAA